AUGUCAUCCAGCAGCGGAGAUAGCAGAUUGAACAACAAGUUUAAGAAUGCUUGUUAUAAUGGUGAUUUGCAGGCUGUUCAGUCGGCUCUCGCCAGCGGGCGACUUUCUGCAAAGGACCUUGACCUCGGACUCAGGCAAGCUAAUAGUGAAGGACAUCUCGAUGUCAUAGCCGCGCUGUUUGAUGCUGGUGUGCCUAUGUCGCCUCUUGCAAUAGCAUAUCUGAUCGGGGAUAAUGGCCAACAGGACCCCCGCGUUAUUAGACUCUAUUUAGACCGUGGCUUGAAGCCUCAAAAAUGUAAGACGCCUGAAGGCGAACCUCUGCUACGGUACGUGCAUAUCACCUAA